AUGGCCACCGUCCAUCAGUCCAAGAACAGGUCCGAUCUGGACAGCAAUGAGCUCCUCCUGGAGCGUCUCGACAAGAUGACCACCAUCAUGGCGGCAUCGGCACAGGGUCACUACCGCCGGACCUACCAGGCAUUUGACAUUGCCAGCCCCGGCCCCUUGGCCUUCUUCAGUUUUGCCAUCGCGACUGGCAUGCAGGGUCUGGUAUACACCGGGACUCUGGAGGUGCAGGGCUCCCAGCUGGUCCUGAUUGUCGGGCUCUUCAUCGGCGGGUUCCUCAUGUUCAUCUGCGGCUUCAUGGAGUUCCUGCGCCGCAACACCUUUGGCGCCACCAUGUUCACGCUCUUCGGCGCAUUCUGGUUCACCCUGACCAUCUACAACCUGCUCUUGUUUGCCGGCGUGGCCACUUUCAUGCUCACUGCCAUGCCCAAGACCGUGGCCUGCCUGGCUGGCACCCUGGGCUUCAUCACCGCCGUCAUGGCCAUUGUCGUGGCCAACCUGACCCUGGCCGUGGAGAUCAGUGGACCCUUCCAGCCCGAGGUCGGCAUCUUCAAGCUCACGUACUACUAUGAGCACCAGAGGAACAGCGUGAAUGGCCCACCCUUUGUUCCCCAGGGCUCCCUCACCACCGAGGUGGAGACGCUGGCCAAUGCACCAUACGCCGUCUCGGUCCAAUACACCGGAGUGGAUGGGAAGACCAAGUUCUACACGGCCUUCAGCCUGUCCUACACCAACUCGCCGCCGCCCGCAUCCCCUUGA